UUUACUCUAUUUUAUGUGAAAAUUUUGUUGUUAAAUAAUACAAUGAAAGUGAGUACCUCAAAAUUAGCCAGUCUCGUUAAAACCUUUCAUGUACCGGAUAAAAUUGAGUGCUUUUAUCUAAACCGAAUAUUAAAAUCGAGGCAUAUCAAGAUAUCGAAAGAUAGUUUCCGGUGUUCAACAGAACUCUUUCUCUGGCCGAAUACAACAAUCCCUAUUCUUGACUAUUUGGACCCAAGAAAGAUGAGGUAAAUUGAGGAAAUGACACUGGCACACCGGGCACUCUUUACGUGGUUCAUAGUACUCGUCUUCCUCAUCCUAUUAUGCCUGCGUCUUGAUCCGCGCACCACCUGGAACUGGUUUGUUACCUUUACGCCGCUGUGGUUCUUCGACUGCAUUCUUAUCAUCUACGUGAUCAUAAAAUUCAUACGCAAGUGGCGGAAUCUAAACCGCCUGACAGACCUGCUGCUUCUGUACAAAUGGAACAUAGGCGGUGUGCUGCUGACCAUCACAUCGCAGGUAAUGAUCUGCCUGACGUUGGAAUAUCCCCAGCAGAUUCCCAUCUACGUGACCAUCGCCCCUUUAAUACUGCUGCUGAGCACCGCAAUUUUCUAUGUAGGCAGCAGGCUCGGAAAGCGGGAGGGCUGGUUAAAUUAAACCCCGGAUUAGUGUACCAUUAAAUGUAUUUUUUAAGUUAGCUCGUAAAUAAAAUGGAAAUUCAGAAACCAUA